AAGGAGGUGGAGGAUCUUGUUUCCACUCGGGUGAUUUUUGGCGUGUCAGAGAAGGAGGAGGAGGGAAACAUACAUAACGCAACAAAUAACCAGGUUAACAACCAGCCUUACAACCACGUUGAUAACCAGGCUAACCAGCAACUGAACCUGCAGGUUAACAGAGAAAACCAGGAGGCUGUGGAUGUUUGUUGUUUGAGGAGAUGAACCAGAUGGAGUCUGAAGAAAAUCUGCUCCAUGUUUCUCUGCUGCUGCUGCUCUUUGGAUCACAAUUCACCCUGGUGGGUCCAGCAGCACCUGAGGAAGGCUGGCAGGUGUACAGCUCAGCUCAGGACACUGAAGGUCGGUGUGUUUGCACCGUGGUCGCUCCUCAGCCAACAGUUUGCUCCAGAGAUGCUCGAACCAAACAGCUCAGACAUCUGCUUGAAAGGGUGCAGAACAUGAGUCAGUCUAUCGAGGUGUUGGACCAGCGCACUCAGAAAGAUCUGCUGUUUGUGGAGAAAAUGGAAGUUCAGCUGAAAGAUCUGGAGAACAAGUUCAAACUGGUGGAGGAUGGACAUGAAACCAACAUCGCCAGACAGUUCAAGUCCAUCAAAGCAAAAAUGGAGGAGUUACGUCCUCUGAUCCCGGUUCUCGAAGCCUACAAGGCCGAUGCUCUGCUGGUCCAACAGUUUAAGGAGGAGGUAGCAAAUGUGACAGAGCUGCUGGGGUCACUGCAGGAACAAAUGGGAGGACUGGAUUACCAGGAGCUCCACAGUCGAGUGAUGACUCUGGAGGACCGACUGAAGGCGUGCAUGCAGAGGCUGGCCUGUGGGAAGCUGACAGGAAUUUCUGAGCCAAUCACCAUCAAAUCGUCUGGAUCCAGAUUUGGAUCAUGGAUGACUGACCCACUGGCUCCGACUGGAGACAACAGAGUUUGGUAUAUGGAUGGUUACCAUAACAACCGCUUUGUAAGGGAAUAUCAGUCAGUGUACGACUUCAUGUCGACUGACAACUUCACCUCUCACCGUCUGCCUCACCCUUGGUCCGGCACUGGUCAGGUUGUUUAUAAUGGCUCCAUUUACUACAACAAGUUCCAGAGUCACACCAUCAUCAAGUUUGACCUCAGCACAUCACUCAUCAGUCGCUCUCGGCAGCUCGACUUUGCUGGCUAUAACAACAUGUACCAUUACUCCUGGGGGGGCCACUCAGAUAUUGACCUCAUGGUAGAUGAGGGCGGGCUCUGGGCUGUUUAUGCGACCAAUCAGAAUGCUGGAAAUAUUGUCCUAAGUCAGUUAAACCCAAACACUCUGCAGAUCAUCCGCAGCUGGACCACCAACCACCCUAAACGCAGCGCUGGCGAGGCGUUCAUGAUCUGUGGAACCCUGUAUGUUACUAAUGGGUAUUCAGGUGGAACCAAAGUGCACUACGCAUACUCCACCAACUCCUCCACGUACGAGUACAUCGACAUCCCCCUGACAAAUAAAUACAGUCACCUGUCCAUGCUUGACUACAACCCUCGAGAGAGGGCCCUGUACGCCUGGAACAAUGGCCACCAAGUCCUUUAUAAUGUUACACUUUAUCACAUUAUACAGUAAAACUUCAACAAAAAACAACCCCCAUAAUAUCCCCUAUAAUAUUACAUGCAGCCACGUUGUACGGUACAAUUAAAGCACAAUGCAGUAUUGUUGCAAACUUGCCCUCCUAGAAAAAUACCCUCCCACAAAUCUAAACUACAGUCUUAGUUGUGUGUGUUUUUUUUUUUUUUUACACGUUUCCAAAAACAAAUUAAGUUUACAUUUCAGUGUAUCAACGUGAUAAUGUCACUAGUGAUUUUGGCAAUUAUAAAUCAGAUUAUAACCAUUAGGUUUAGGGACUUAAAGCAUCUGGCUAAGGCUAAGAUAAAAUAACAUUUUUUCUCAGUUAAGUUGGUGUGCUGUUUGGUGGAUGAUUAAAAUACACUGAAAUGUCCUAUGUGGCAGAUGUCUCAUGGACAUCUUGCUCUCCAUAGAAACACAUCCGAAUGUCUUCAUAAGCCAGUAACUACCCACCACAAAUAUUCCUACAUUUGGUUUUGUUUUGGUCUCACAUCUUGUGAUGAAUGUCUCACAGACGUGUCACCGACUCAACAUCCUCCCGGUGAGAAUUUGCCUCAAAAACCUGUGAAUUAUACGUCACAAUUGGUUAUAUGCCAAAAACAAAGAUAAUCUGGGAGUAAAUAUGUUCCUUAUGAAAUGUAAUUCUAGAGUGCAGUUUAGCUGUGUGGGAAUGUCAUUUCUCGGAGACAGAAUUGAUCUUUGAGUUAAGUCCUCGGAUUGUGAUCAGCCAUAGACAUGAACUCAAAGACUUGAAGCUGAGCAGUCCAACAAAAAAAGAAAAUCACUGUCCAAAUUCACAGUCCAUGUCUGUCUGAUUUACUCGUUUUAGGUGAUCAGUUCAGGAGCAGAGAUGCUGCUCUGAGUCAAUGCACUCAAUAUUGUGCACAAAGGUUGUAAAUUCCCUGUUAUGAGUAGGCACUUUUAAUUGGAAUACCCCAUGAAGUCAUGGAUUCAUUCAAACUGAAUUCAUGAAUUCAUUCAGACGGCUGUUCUGAGCCUCUGGUGUGAAAAGUUUCUUCUUUUUCUUCUUCGCUCUUUUUGUGUCUCAUAUGUCAUCGGUUCAAUUUUACACAUGUUCAAUAAACAUGUAAACUUUUAAGACAGUAAUCAGACAGA